AUGUCUGGCCAGGUAAAAAUAUGGUCGUACGAAAACUGCCAGCCCAUGCAACAAGAAGGAACAGAUAUUAGGUCGUUGAGCAAUAUAAUGAUGGACUUAAUGCAGGGCUAUUGUAAAGAUGAAGGACGGGUAGGACUCGACAAUCUCGAGGGCUGGCCAAACUCCCUGGCCGUCGAGUUUCUUUCGGCAACGGCGGGUGCCAGCAGCUUAGAUGAACUUUCUCAAGUAAGGUUUCGCCCGCUUUGUUUUCAAAAAGAACACAUACUAAGCUCAACAGCAUUCGUUACUCAAACUACCAUGGGGCCCAAUCUGGUUAGAGGGCGUUGUAAAUCUGACGUUAAUUUGGGCGAAGCGAAAAGUCGGUUUACAUUUUGCAAAUACCGUUACAAGUUAGGUAUUUAUUUGUUCGAAAUCGAGGAAUUAUGCUAUAAUACCUGCUAG